UAUAAAUGGAACAAUUGCUGAGAAGAAAGGUCAGCAGCCAAGAGGAGAGCGACAGGGUGACUAGGUUUGCUGGGAGGCAGGAGGAAGACACAGAGAAUAUACAUAUUCAGGCAGACAGGGCGUCUGUGCCAAGCGUGAUACUCGGGUAAAGAGCGGGUCGUGAGGCGAGAGGUGACGUAUGUGUGUCUAUAUAAGGUGUCACGUCACACACAGACACACAGACAGAGAGGCUGGGAGCGCUGGAGACACACACCAGAUCAUCAGCUGCUGAGGAUCACCUUAACACUGGUCAUUAAAUCAUCGGAGCAUCUUCCUCCGGAAUGUUUUGCUCCAAGAAGAAAGCACUUGCCUCGUGUCCAAAUAUUCUCACUCCAGAUCAAAUCCCUACAUUCUUUAUACCGCCUAAGCUGUCAUCAUUUCCAGAUGGGGGCAGCCAUGUUGGAAUGUGGCUUCAGAAGAAAAUGUCAGAGCCUGGAUCCGGAGCCACAUCCAAGGUGUUACUGAGAUCAGCCAGCCGCCAUGUCAUUCAGGUGGAAGAUGUGGAGCAGGAGACAGAAGCCCCAGAUCAAAGGCAUCAUCCAGCCUUAGCUGCCACCAUCAUGACAACUCCCUAUCUGUCUGAGAGCCCACACACACGCAGGCGGGAGUCCCUCUUCCAUCAGAUGUGCCACACACAGGGACCCUAUGAGGUAAAACCGCUUUCCCCACUAGAUUCAGAUUCUAUACUGAGUUGGAAGUCAUCCUCCCAUGACCUCAGCACCCAGCAGGUUCAUUAUGGAGCAAUGGACAGUGACGCCACAUCAUCUUCGGAAUCCUCGCCCUAUGGCUCACCCCUUUUAAGUCGGUCGCUGGUAGGGAGCUCUGGUCAAGUCUCUGGCAGGCAACGUCUCCUUUGUCGCGCUCUGACUGUCAAGAACUUGACUCGGGCUAGCUCCUUGUCCACCGAGGAGGCAAGCUCAACAGACACCAGUCCCAAUCUGUCCUCCAGGGAAAGCCGCUCCAGCUCCAGAGCUUCUAUGAUCCAUCUAGUUCCUCCACCUAUUUUUCACUUGGACUUUAUCUGUUGUCAGGAGCGACUGACCAAAGAGACAGAUGUACAGCUAAGUAAAGGGGGUCUGCUCCGCUUGUCUGUUGAGUAUGUGAAAGAAUUGGGACGUCUGAGGGUGAAGUUAGUGAUGGCGGAGAAUGUCUACCCUUUCAACCAAGACCCCAAGAACAUCAGCUGCUGUGUGGUGAUGUGCCUGUUGCCAGGGAAGAUACAGAAGCAGAGAAGCACCAUCAUCCGGCGGAGCAGGAAUCCUAUUUUUAAUGAAGAUUUUUUCUUUGAGGGCAUCGAGAAAGGGGACCCAGACAAUCUCAGCCUGAAGGUGAAAGUUAUAAACAGAGGGACAGGUAUGAAGCGAGACCAUGUGCUGGGUCACAGUCAGCUGAAACUUUCCGCCAUUCUACCAAUGUAA